AUGGUAGAGAAAGGUAUGGCUUAGCUCACAUUGAGUUCACAAGACUCAACCCAUUCAAACGGAGGAUCAGACUAUCCUACUCUUUCAUAGUAGAGUUCUACCAACUCAAGUUCAGCAAAGAAAAGAUCAAUAGAAGAGUUCACAUUUAUGAAGGAGAUUGGAUAAGGCGCAUAUGGAACAGUUUUUUUAGGCAAGGAUAAAAUGACUGAUAAAAUGGUUGCUAUAAAGAGUGUUAACUAGAAACGAAUUUUAGAAUUGGACAAAACUCGUAGUGUCUUUAGAGAGAAACAAUUAUUGACGGAGCUACAGCAUCCAAACAUUGUAAAACUUGUUACUACACUUAAGGAUGAAGAGAAUUUGUACUUCAUUUUUGAGCAUUGCCCAAAUGGCACUCUAUUUGACUUGAUAUCGAAAAAAUGUACUGAAAUUGUUAUUUAAUUUUAUAUAGAGAAACUUGAUGAAAGAUUGGUUAAAUAUUACACAGCUUAGUUGAUCUCAGUCCUUGAUCUUCUCUAAAAGAAUAACGUAAUGCAUAGAGAUCUUAAACCUUAAAAUGUGCUAAUAGACGAAAACUUUAAUCUAAAGGUGAUUGAUUUCGGUGAUGCCAAGAAAUUCGGAGAAAUUGAUGAAGAACCAGUUUAAAGGAAACCUAAUGAAGAAAUAUAAGAGUUUAUGGAUCCGAGUCAGCUUGAACCUGAUUUUGACAGAAGAGGAACUUUUGUUGGUACCCUAAACUACGUUGCCCCAGAAAUGGUUUAAAGAAACGAGUCCUGUUUAUCCACUGAUUUAUGGUCUAUGGGAUGCAUCUUGUAUAAAAUGCUUACAGGAAAUGUACCGUUUACUGGCACAGUCAACUAUGUAGUAUUUCAAAAAAUCUUAGCGAAGGAUAUAGAAUAUCCAUAGUAUUUAUCAGUAAAUGCCCUUGAGCUAAUAGAUAGCAUGCUGAUGUUAAAACCUGAUGAGAGACUCGGAUCACCUGGCACAAAAAACAAUAUGUAAAGCAUGAUGAAUCAUCCAUACUUCUCUGGAUUAGAUUUUACUGAUCCUAAAAAACUAUCUUUAGAUACAUCUCUUAUCCAAUAUAUCGAUGAGAAGUAUCAAUCUCCUAGUAAAAUGGAUCAUAGGCUACUACCUAGAAAAUCAGCAUUUUUGACAGGUGAAUUUAGCCAACAAGAUAUCGUUUGCAGAGGAUUUUUGCUUAAGAAAAAUAGAUGGUUUAACAAGCAACUAAGAUUCUUUUAGCUAUAAAAGAAUGGAGAACUCAAGUACUUCAAGGAUUUCAAAUAUAAGGGCAAAAUCACUUUGAGUAGAGAUAAUAAGAUCCUAAAGGCAAGUAGAAAUUCCUUUGAAAUUCCUCACAUUGAAAAGACAUACGUCCUCAUUGAAGUAGAGAAAAAAGACUUGAAAGAGACGAAGAGAGAUUUAAGUUAAGUAGAUGAAGACGAGUUAUUCACAAACGACAUUAAUAAAUGGAUUGAAGCUUUGUAAUUUGUUAUUCAAAAUCUUUGA